AUGCAUUUGAUGUACGUCCCCGCCAAGAACGCCGACGGCAAGCCGCUCGCGCGCCAGUACACCCUCAAGAAGGUCCUCGACGGUCAGGUCACCAAGAGCGCCCACCCCGCUCGCUUCUCUCCCGACGACAAGUGGUCUCGUCACCGCAUCACUCUCCGCCGCCGUUUUGCGGUCCUUCUCGCCCAGAGUAUUGACCGUGGCCAGCGGGAUCCAUUGACCGAAAUCAAGACUAAGUUCCAUGUCAAUGCCGCCACCCGUCUUUUGUUCGCGUCCGGCGCGAGACUCGUCGCCCCGGACGAUGUCGACACCCACAACAACCUUGUUAAGAUGAUGGAAGACGAAAAAGACAAUUUCAGGAGAAAAACCGACAACUACAAGUUCAACGUCAAGGCCGCCGUCUUCUCCUAUAUGUUGGACCAACACAUGCUCAAGCAGGAGAACAAUUUCGACAAGAAGAUCAAGGCCAUGCUCGAGGCCAAUCACCCGGACGAGUACUAUCUGGACCAGUACUACAAGAUGGUCAAGAACAUGGAGAACUAAGCCGUUUUCAACAAAAAGGACGGCAACGCUCGCGGUAGCUACAUGAAGUAGUUGACCAACAACCUUCUCUUCUUGUCCGCCUAUCUGCUGUGCUCGACCAGUUUGUUCUUGCUUCCACGACCACGACCUCGUUUUUGGCCGCUGCUCUCCUGCAGCGUUAGCAUUUUAUUAUCCCGUUGGAUCUUCAAUCGAACCGAUCGU